AUGGCUUCUAUCACCAUCGCGACCCUCCCCCGCAUGACCCGGGAGGUCCUUUCUUCUUUGCUCCUCUCCUCCACAAGCGCCAGCAAGGUCGCCAUCAUUGAUGUCAGAGAUUCAGACCAUGUUGGAGGACAUAUCCUCUCGUCGACUUGGAUCCCCAGCUCCUCGUUGGAGGCACAUAUUCCAGAACUCAUCCGCACCCUCAAAGAUAAAGAACAAGUUGUCUUUCACUGCGCACUCAGUCAGCAGCGAGGUCCCUCCGCGGCGUUGAGAUAUGCUCGGGAGAGAGCCAGAGUCCUUGGUGAAGAGGAAGGAAUCAAACAAAGGGUUUAUGUCCUCGAUGGUGGCUUUUUGCGUUGGCAGGAGAAGUACGGAGAGGAUCAAAGAUUGACGGAGGCUUAUGUGAAGGAUAUCUGGUUGGAUUACUGA